CACAACUGGCAGCCCAUCUAUCUCUCAAAUCUCUUGUAUAUAUGUGUGUUGUGCUCCGUGUGUAUACACCUGAGUUCGAGCUGCCCGCGAGCCAGAAUCAUCUCUGUUCCCAAACGAACGUCGACGACCGAGUCCCGCAUAGGGCUGCAAACGGGGAGCCAACAUCAGCCUUCUUUCUUCGUGUCUCAAGAGUCGUGCUGCUGCUCUCGCUGAAUUUUUGAGUCUGCGAAUGUACCAAUGCCAAACGUCCGACGUACAGCGGACUAGAGGUUAACCGUGAAUUUCGCAGAGGCUGCUCUGCACGCGCGCUUGCUGGAUCCCCACGUAAGAUGCGAUAAUUGACGAAAGUUUGAUCGUCUCGCCAGUGCAGCAUCGAGAAGAGUUGUCGAACAUGUGCCCGCGUUGAUAAACGAUCGAGUGGGUGAAGAUUCACACGACAGAUAGUCAUCGGUACAGCUAGAUCAUCGCAUUAGUGCAACCAGUGCAAGUUUAUAAAAGCAGCCUUUUGUGAGCUAGUCGUCGUCGUAGUUUUUGUGUUGAAAACCAAUUUGGAACAAAGCCUGGAUCAUGUUCAUUUGGGACUGGUUCACCGGAAUUCUCGGAUAUCUUGGUUUGUACAAGAAGAGUGGUAAACUUCUCUUUCUUGGCUUAGAUAAUGCUGGCAAAACCACAUUACUACAUAUGCUCAAAGAUGACAGGCUCGCACAACAUGUACCCACAUUACAUCCAACAUCGGAAGAAUUAUCUAUUGGUAACAUGAGGUUUACCACAUUUGAUCUUGGUGGUCAUACACAAGCAAGAAGAGUCUGGAAAGAUUAUUUCCCUGCAGUAGACGCAAUAGUGUUUUUGGUAGAUGCUAGUGAUAGAACGAGAUUAACUGAAUCUAGAAAAGAGUUGGAAGUUCUUUUGACUGAUGAACAAUUGAGUCAUUGUCCGGUGCUUGUUCUUGGAAAUAAAAUUGACAAGCCUGGUGCAGCAUCCGAAGAUGAACUUAGGACUUUCUUCGGUCUAUUUGGUCAGACUACUGGCAAGGGUAAGGUUCCUCGUGGAGAUCUUCCUGGACGCCCAUUGGAAUUAUUCAUGUGCUCAGUACUGAAGAGGCAAGGAUAUGGCGAAGGUUUUCGCUGGCUUGCACAGUACAUUGACUGAAUUCAUAAAAUUUACAUCUGUACACAUCAACUCCCCAGUAAAACAUGGUUUUCAAAAUUACUCUUCGUUCUUCACGUUGGCGUUAGUAUGACAGGAUGAAUUAAAUUUCUAUUGAAAAACUGUAUUUAAAUAAUAGGUGAGGGUUUCAGUGAAUUUUAAAACACAAGUCAGGAACAUUGUGUUCAAUGGUGGUUAGUUGUAAGCUCAAGUCCUGUGGUAUCAAAGCCGUGACGAGUCGACACACUUAUUUAUAAUGAAAACUGCAUUCAUGAAAACUCAUCGAAAUUUUUAUUCUAUAGAGUUUACUUAGAAAAUAAAGUGACAUACUGAGGAGUGAUUGGAACAUUUUUAAUAAUGAAAACAAUAAUAAAUUAAUUAUUUAAGAAGUCCAGA